AUGUCGUCAUUUCCAUUCACUCCCAGAAAGCGUCUGAGUGCUGCGGAUGCCCUUUUUGAAGAUGAGCAAGAGAUGCUUAGUGCGGUGAUAUCCACACUACAAGUUCCUGAAGAACGAACCAAUGUUUCCAUGACUUAUACAAAUGGUAACAACAACGCUACUGAAGUUCAGGCUUAUGCCAAAAUUGCCGGUAGGGACUGGACCUACUAUGUCAAAUCAUUGGCUGUGUCUAUAGGAAGAAAUACUGAAACGUCAAAUGGAGUCAACGCUAAUAACGACGCUAUCACCAGCAAUAGCGGUCCCUUGAUUGAUAUUGACUUGGGUCCAGCAAAAAUCGUUAGUAGACAGCAUGCUACAAUUACCUACAAUUUAGACUUGAGAUGUUGGGAAUUGAAAGUUUUGGGCAGAAAUGGAGCUAGAAUCGAUGGAACAAAAGUGAAUGUCGGUUCACUGGACAUCAAUGCUUUGCACUCUGGGGCUAUAUUGGAUGUAGGUGGAACACAAAUGAUGUUUAUUUUACCCGACGCGUCUCCGGUGGUUGCACCAAAGAUGUUGGAAAAGGCCCUUGCUAAGUACAACGAGAUGAACAAAGGUGCUCCUCCCAAACGUCAACGUUCGCAAAGCGGAGCAGCUUUUAAUAAUAGCAGCAACUAUGGUGGUGGUGGUGGAGGAACGAGCAGAGGCUAUCACGUGUACGACAGUAUUCUGAUGAAUCACUCACCAAGUUCAGUAUCGGCAACUUCGUUACAACACAAUUUGGAUCAGGAUUUGUCGAAAGAGGAAUCAAAGGAUAUCAAGCCACCAUAUAGUUACGCAACAAUGAUUACCCAAGCGAUCUUGUCGGAUCCACAUGGAGUAAUGUCAUUAUCCGACAUAUAUAAUUGGAUUGCUGACCACUACGCCUAUUACAAAUAUUCCAAGACCGGUUGGCAAAAUUCCAUUAGACAUAAUUUAUCACUAAACAAGGCAUUUGAAAAGGUUCCUCGUAAACCAAAUGAACCAGGUAAAGGGAUGAAGUGGCAAAUCAGUGAGUCUUACAAGCAAGAUUUCCUCAACAAGAUCAAUGAUGGGUCGCUUUCAGGACCAAGAAAAGGGUCUUCUGUGUCACGACAGUUGAGCUUGCAUUUGGCUACCCACAAGCAUUUACCCGAUGCUAAUAACCCAUCGCCUGAUGCAUCAACAAAUCAGUUUCAACAACAACUGCAACAACAACAACAACUGGAGUUGCAUCUGCUGCUGCUGCUACAGGGAACAUUUAACUUACCAACGAAUCCUUUGCUGUACCCAGGUCAACAGAAUUCAUACAUGCCCAACCCAAACCGUCCAUAUGUAUAUUCACAGCCACCUCAAGUCCACCCUCAUCAGCAACAGCAGCAGAUCCCCAGCUACGCAAUUGUGGGAGGAUACGGCAACAACUUGGCCUCGCCUUUGAGACAGCCUCAACAAUUGGCUCCAGCGGCACAACUACCUCCACAACAACAGCUCUCGCGUGACGGGACUAAGCUGUCCAAAGCACCGCCAACAUCAGCAUCACAACAACUGUCAAAUCAAAAUAUAUACAAUUUCCCAUUGCAUAACAAUAACGCUGCGAUUGACAUCAAGCCCAAUUUGCAUACGCGCACAUCUUCAUACACUACAACAGCGACGAGUCAAAUGCCUGACUUGUCACAAUUGCAUCCUCAUUCAUUUGCAUCGUCAACCAAUCAAAAUGACUCGCUAUCAUCAAUCAACGCUAGUGUCCCUUCAGGAAGCACUCCGUCUGAUAUGUUGUCGUUUACCAGCCCUAAGAGGAUUUCGGCUUUGGAAGCAUACACUCCUGAACGUGGCUCGAGUAAAAAAGCGGUAGGUAACAAAGGGUCGAAGCUAGUGCUGCAGCAACAGCAGCAACAACAACAACAACAGCAACAACAACUAUCUCCACGAAAGGAGGUGCAACAGGAAGAGACGAAUCAACAGCCCCAAUCGCAACGAGAGCAGAAACAACUGAUGCAGCAGCAACAACUGAUGCAACAAGCACUGACCCAGCACCCCAACCAAACAAGCCCAGCAUAUUGGAACUUUGUACAAUUCAGUACACCCAAUGGACAAACUCCAAUGAAAAAAGAUGGCAGUCAUGAAAGUGACGAGCAAAAUAAUGGAAGUCCGACCAUGAAUAGAAAGAAUCAUCACAAGAGUGGUGUCAAGGAGGAGAACAAUUCGCCUUUCAAGAAGGACCCUGACCAACAAGCAGGCGUGGUUGACUCUUGA